AUGAAAUAUUUCACGGACCAGCAUACGAAGUCUAACAACGAAUGGACGUCUAACAAUGACGAAUGCACGUCUAACAAUGACGAAUGGUUGGAUAAAAAAUAUAAGGAUACAAUGGAAAAUAUGAAAACGUAUUUUCCAACACUGCCAAACUCUUUACUAUUCUUCAUAUCGGCUGCGCUAUAUCGUGGAGAUUGCGGCCGAAGUGCAAUGGACAGACCACUCUGGUUGGAUAUGGACAUGUUUCAAAGAGGACAAAAAUUCGCACGAGAACACACCUUCUCGAUCUUCUUCGCUAAUAUGCUGUCCUUAUUCCAAAUAUUUACUUUUAGAGACGGUCUUAAACCGAUGAUUUUGAGCCGGAAAUCUCACACGCCGUACUUAGCGUUUAGAAGAUACUUAUCUACUAUUUGCCGUGUGAGAAACUGGAUGACAGAGGAUCCUUGGACCAAAGGUACGAAGGCUCAUCAAGAUAUUCAAGCUGUGCGUAGAAUGCACCGUGCGAUACGGCUGAAACUUUGCGAGUACGAUCAGGAGGAACUCGAUGCGGCCACUAACAUUCCGAACCCAUGGUGCCCGGAUAUAAAAACAAUCCUAGAAGAUUUUUCCUCCUGUCCGUAUCCGACCGUGACAAAUGGUUGUCUUCAUCUACUGCUCAAACCCACGGGAUUAAAUCAAGCUGAUAUGGCAGCUACGCAAUUCGCAUUCAUGGGAAUAAUUCUGCUUUAUCCGCACGAGCUCGGCGUUCACGUUAGCGAUGAAGAUAUGAUAGCUUUUUGUCAUCUAUGGAGAGGUGUAGGAUAUCUCCUUGGUAUCGAAGAUGAAUACAAUUUUUGUCGCGGCAGUCUUGAAGAGAUAAAGCAAAGGGGGCGAGACUUUAUCGAAACUUGGGUGAGACCGUAUUUACGGCAAGUAACACCUGAAUGGGAGCACAUGCUAAGAUGUUUAGUAGAAAGUACAAAUUAUUAUACGACGAAUAGUCUCGUAUUCAACCAAUAUUUACUAUUCGUCACUGAUUUAUUAAGCAUUAAUAUGCCACAUAUGCGAAAAACGCUCACUUGUAUUCAACGAUUGCAGCUUAUGUUACUACGCUUUAUACUACGUUAUGGCAUGAAAAUACAAUUUAUACGAGAGUAUAUAAACAGAAAAAUUCUAAAGAGUGUCGAUGAAGCAAUUAAAUUUAAUCACGAAAAACACGAAAAACUCGAAAAAAGAUCUGCUCAGAAGGUUCCAGAUUUUUUCUGCGAUUCUGAGAAUGGUUAA